AUGGAAAGUGCUAGGAGCUGUCCUUCUCCUAUGUUGGCUAACAAACCUUUGUCUUUGCAGCAUGGUGAUAUUUUGGUUAAUUCUGAGCUCUACAGGAGUAUUGUUGGUGCUUUAUGGUAUCUCACUUUAACAAUACCAGAUAUCUCUUUUGCAGUUAACAAGUUAAGUCAAUUUGUUCGAGCAUUAACAUCAAUACAUUGGAAAGCCUGCAAAAGAUUGCUAAGAUACUUAAAUGGUACAAUAUGUCAUGGUUUGAAGAUGCAAGCUUCAAUAAAAUUCUGUAUUCAUGCCUUUACAGAUUUGGAGUGGGCAAGUGAUAGAGAUGACAAAAGGUCAAUCAGUGGGGUGUGUACUGUAAAUGCUGUUGAAAAUGGAAGCAUGGAAUCAAAACCCCAAGUGGUAGGAGUUGGAGUUAUUCUUAACUUAGCCUCCCCUGUGGGGCUGAUGGCAGAGGGCUACAUAUCCAUGGCGGUCUCUGACAUCUACGCCAUACAUGCUAAUUAUAGGACAAGGCUGGCUCUUUCUGUCAAGGACUCUGUGGGAGAUGUUGUUGAGGCAGAAUCAGCAGCUUUAGAAUUGAUAAACGAUGAACAAGUGCAGGCUAUAAUAGGGCCACAAGCUUCAACAGAAGCAAAGUUUCUGAUAGAUCUUGGAGACAGAGCUCAAAUUGCCAUAAUUUCAUUUUCAGCUACCAGUCCCUCACUGUCUCCAACUCAGAACCCAUUUUUCAUUCGGACAGCACAAGAUGAUUUCUCACAAGUGAAAGCUCUCACUUCCAUUGUUGAAACAUAUGGAUGGAAAAAGGUUGUUCUAAUCUAUGAAGACAUAGAAUAUGGAAAUGGUCUGAUUCCAUAUUUAACAGAUGCCCUCCAGGUGAUCAACAUCAGAGUCCCUCACAGAAGCAUCAUCUCACCAAAUUCCAGUCAAUUUGAAAUCUUGAAACAGCUAAACAUGAUAAUGGCAAGGGAGACAAGGAUACUACUGGUUCAUGUGUCGGCUUCACUUGGUUCGAAACUGUUUAGGCUUGCAAAACAGAUUGGCAUGAUGAGUGAAGGGUAUGCAUGGAUCAUUACUAAAGGGCUAUCAUCGUUGUUAGAUCCUUUGCGGAAAAAAGUCUUUGGUUCAAUGCAUGGUGUUGUGGGUGUGAGGCCCUAUUUGCCAAACUCAAAACGUCUUCAAGAUUUCAAAACCAGAUGGAAUAAGACUUCAGGGGAUAUAAAUCUCUUCGGUUUGUGGGCAUAUGACACGGUAUGGGCAUUGGCUAUGGCUGCUGAAUCAUUGAAUCCAACUGCCUUGCUAAGCCACAAUUCUAGUAUAAACAGUAUUGAACCCUUCGGCCUAAGAGUGUCAGAAUCAGGUCCACAGCUUCUGCAAAAGUUGCUGAAUAUUAAAUUUGAAGGCCUAAGUGGAGAGUUUAAUUUGAUUAGAGGGCAGUUGAAACCUACAGACUAUAAAUAA